AUGGAUGGGUGGGUGGUAGGUGUAUGGGUGGUGGGUGUAUGGGUGGGUGGGUGGUAUGUGUAUGGGUGGUGGGUGUAUGGGUGGGUGGGUGGGUAUGGGUGGGGGGGGGUGGGGGGGGUGGGUGGUGUUGGGUGGGUGGGUGGUGGUGAUUGGUGUAUGGGGGGGUGGUGUAUGGGGGGUGGGUGGUGGGUGGGGGGGGGUGGGGGGGGGGGGGGGUGUGGGGGGUGGUGGGGGUGGGUGGUGUCUGGGUGGUGGGUGUUUGGGUGGGUGGGUGGUGAGGGUGGGUUGAUGGGAGGUGGGUGGGUGGGUGGUGGUGGGAUUGGGGUGGGUGGUUGGGGGUGGGGGUGGGGUGUGUGGGUGGGGUGGUGGUGGGGGGGUGGUUGCGAGAUGUUAGGGGUGGGUGGGGUGGUUGGUGGGUGUGGGGGGUGGGUGGGGGGUGGGUGGAAUGGGUGGGUGAUGAGGUGGGGUGGGAUGGGUGGAGGGUUGGUGGGGGGUGGGGUUGGUGGUUGGGGUUGGUGGGUAUGUUGGUGGAUGUUGUGGGGUGGUGGUGGUGGGGGGGGAGGUGUGGGUGGGGGGGUGGGGUGGGAUGGGUGGGGGGGGUGGUGGGUGGGGGGGAUGGGUGGGGUGGGAGGGUGGUGGGGUGGUGGGGUGGGGGGGUGGGUGGUGUGGGGUGGGGGGUGGGUGGGGGGUGGUGGGUGGGGGUGGGUGGUGGGUUGGGGGGUGGGUGGGUGUGGGUGGUGGGGGGGUGGGGUGGUGGGUGGGUGGGUGGGUGGUGGUGGGUGGGUGGUUGGGUGGGGGUGGGUGGGGUGGGUGGGUGGUGGUGGGGUGGGUGGGGUGGUGGGUGGGGUGGUGGGUGGGGUGGUGGGUGGUGGGGGUGGUGGGUGGGUGGGUGGGGUGUGGUGGGUGGUGGGGUGGGUGGGGGUGGGGUGGUGGGUUGGGUGGUGGGGGGUUGGUGGUGGGUGUGGGGGUGGGUGUGGUGGUGGGUGGGUGGGGUGUGGGGUGGUGGGGGUUGGUGGGGGUGGGUGGUUGGGGUGGGUGGGUGGGUGGUGGGUGGUUGGGUGGGUGGGUGGUGGGUGGGGUGGGUGGUUGGGGUGUGGUGGGGGUGGGUGGUGGGUGGGUGGGUGGGUGGGGGGGUGGUGGUGGGUGUGGUGGGUGGGGUGGGUGGUGGUGGUGGGUGGGGUGGUGUGGGUGGGUGGUGGUGGGUGGUGGGGGGUGGGUUGGGGUGGGUGGUGGGGUGGGUGGUGGGGUGGGUGGGGGUGGGGUGGGUGGGUGGGGUGGGUGGUGGUGGGGGGUGGGGGUGGGUGGGGGUGGGUGGGUGGGUGGGGGUGGGGUGGGGGGGGUGGGGGGUGGUGGGGUGGUGUGGGGGGUGGGGGGUGGUGGGUGGUGGGGGGUGGGGUGGUGGGGUGGGGGGUGGGGUGGGGGUGUGGGGGUGGGUGGGGGGUGGGUGGGGGUGGGGGUGGGUGGUGGGGGUGGGGUGGGUGGGGUGGGGUGGGUGGGGGUGGUGGGGUGGGGGGGUGGUGGGUGGGGGGUGGGGUGGUUGGGGUGUGGUGGGUGGUGGGUGGGUGUGGGGUGGUGGGGGGGUGGUGUGGGGGUGGUGUGGGGUGGGUGGGGUGGGUGGGUGGGGGUGGGUGGUGUGGGGUGGGUGGGGUGGGGGUGGGGUGUGGGUGUGGGGGUUGGGGGGGUGGUGGGUGGGUGGUGGUGGGUGGGGGUGGUGGGGUGGGUGGUGUGGGUGUGGGGUGGGUGGGGGUGGGGUGGGUGGUGGGUGGUGGUGGGUGGGUGGGUGUGGGGGUGGGGUGGGGGGUUGGGUGGUGGGGUGGUGGGUGGUGGGGGUGGGUGGGUGUGGGGGUGUGGGGGGUGGGUUGGUGGGGGUGGUGGGGGGUGGGUGGGGGUGGGUGGGGGUGGUGGGUGGUGUGGGGGUGUGGGUGUGUGGGGGGGGGUGGGUGGGUGGUGGGGUGGGGGGUGGUUGGGGUGUGGGUGUGGGGGUGGUGGUGGGGUGGGUGGUGGGUGGGGGUGUGGGGUGGGUGUGGGUGGUUGGGUGGGGGGUGUGGGGUGGGGUGGGUGGGGUGGGGGUGGGUGGGUGGGGGGUGGGUGGGGGGGGUGGGUGGGUGGGGUUGGGUGGUGGUUGGGGUGGUGGGGGGGGGUGGGGUGGGGGGGUGGGGGUGGUGGGGUUGGGUGGGGUGGUGGGUGGGUGGGGUGGGUGUGGGGGUGGUUGGGUGGGGGUGGUGUGGGUGGGGUGGGUGGGUGGGUGGGGUGUGGGGUGGGUGGUGGGGUGGGUGGGGUGGGGUGGUGGGGGGUUGGUGGGGUGGGUGUGGUGGGGGUGGGGGGGGGUGUGGGUGGGUGGUGGGGUGUGGGUUGGGUGGUGGGUGUGGGGGGUGGGUGGGGGGUGGGGGGUGGGUGGUGGGGUUGGGGGGGUGGGGGGUGGGGUGGUGGGUGGGGGUGUGGGUGGGGGGUGGGUGGGGUGGGUGGGGGGGGUGGGUGGUGGGGGGUUGGGGUGGGUGGGUGGGGGUGGGUGGUGUGGGGUGGUGGGGUGGGGGGUGGGGUGGUGGGUGGUGGGGGUGGUGGUGGGGUGGGUGGUGGGGGUGGGUGGGGGGGUGGGGGGUGGGUGGUGGGGGGGUGGGGGUGGUGGGGGUGGGGUGGGGUGGUGGGGUGGGUGGUGGGUGGGUGGUGGUGGGUGGGUGGGGGGUGGGUGGGGUGGGUGGGUGGGUGGGGGGUGGGGGUGGGGUGGGGGGUGGGGUGGGUGUGGGGGGGGUGUGGGGGGGUGGUUGGGUGGGUGGGGUGUGGGGUGGGGGGUGGGGUGGGGGGUGGGUGGGGUGGGGGGGGUGGGGUGGGUGGGGGUUGUGGGGUGGUGGGUGGGGUGGGAUGGUGUGGGUGGGUGGUGGGAUGGAUGGUGGGGGUGGAAUGGUGGGGUGGAUGGGGAUGGUGGUGGAUGGAUGGGUGGUGUGGAUGGAUGGGGUGGGUGCGUACGUCCCCGAGGGCCUGCUCACCUCCUGCUCCUGGGACUAUAUGACCUUCACCCCCUCAGUGCGAGCCUACACCAUGCUCCUCUUCAUCUUCGUCUUCUUCCUGCCGCUCUUCAUCAUCGUCUACUGUUACUACUUCAUCUUCAGGGCCAUUCGCACCACCAACCAAGCCGUGGGGAAGAUCCAGGGCAGCACCCGCAGCAGCAGCAGCGGUCGGGACUCGGUGAAGAGUCUGAACCGGAUUCAGAACGAGUGGAAGAUGGCAAAGAUUGCGCUCAUCGUGAUCCUCCUCUAUGUGUUCUCCUGGUCCCCGUACUCCGCUGUGGCCCUCACCGCCUUCUCAGGGUACGCCGACAUGUUGACGCCCUACAUGAACUCGGUGCCCGCCAUCAUCGCCAAAGCCUCCGCCAUCCACAAUCCCAUCAUCUACGCCAUCACACACCCCAAGUACAGGAUCGCUCUGGCCAAGUACAUCCCGCUGAUGGGACUCCUGCUCUGUGUCCACCCGCGGGACCUUCACUCCGGCAGCAGCAGCUUCAUCUCCACACGCCGCUCCACCGUGACCAGCCAGACCUCAGACUCUUCCCACUUCAGGAGGCAGAGCACCAACAAGUCCCGGCUGUCGUCCGCCUCCGACAGCGAGUCGGUGAGAACACCCUUACGUUAG